UUCCUGGUGCGCGCGCUUGGCACGGCGCCGCGCACUCCAGCCCCUGUGUGUAGUAACCCAGAGCAGUACAGCUCUCAGCUAGACAUGGCGGCGGAUCCUAAGCCGGACUGGCUGUCCUGCCUUCCCUCUUCUUGGAGUUAUGGGGUGACUCGGGAUGGACGCAUAUUCUUCAUCAACGAAGAAGCAAAGAGUACAACCUGGUUGCAUCCUGUUACUGGAGAAGCAGUGAUAACGGGGCACAGAAAAACUCCAGAUUUACCAACAGGAUGGGAAGAAGGGUACACGUUCGAGGGAGCUCGCUGCUUCAUCAACCACAAUGAGCGAAAGGUGACCUGUAAGCACCCAGUGUCAGGCGUCCCCUCUCAAGACAACUGCAUCUUUGUUGUAAAUGAACACGUGAAUUUUGGAAAGCUUGUCCACCCUGACAGGCCCAUAGAGGCUCCCAGCAGGCCAGCUCCUAAGGCUUCGUCAGAGCAGGGCAGCAGCAGUGACAAGAAGGAACGUCCCAUUAGCACCAUGAGCGAGGCUUCAAAUUACACAGGUGGCUCAGACUACAGCACCUUUCCUGGCAGCCCUGCCACCACGGUCACUACAGCCACCACCACCACCUCAUCCACACGGCCCUCUAGGUCCUCCAAAAAAGUUCACAACUUUGGCAAGAGGUCCAACUCCAUCAAAAGGAACCCCAAUGCCCCAGUGGUCAAGAGCAACUGGCUUUACAAACAGGACAGCACAGGCAUGAAGCUGUGGAAGAAGAGGUGGUUUGUUCUGUCAGACAUGUGCCUCUUCUAUUACCGUGAUGAGAAAGAAGACAGCAUCCUGGGAAGUAUCCUGCUGCCCAGCUUUCACAUCUCCAUGUUGUCGGUGGAUGACCACAUCAGCAGGAAAUACGCCUUCAAGGCCACUCACCCCAACAUGCGGACAUAUUAUUUCUGUACUGACACGGCCAAAGAGAUGGAGUCCUGGAUGAAAGUCAUGACGGAUGCUUCCCUCGUCCACACUGAACCAGUCAGAAGAUUGGACAAGUUGCAAGUGGACCAACGGACGCCUCAGGAGUUGAACAACUUACUGAACCACAGAGUCCUAACCAGGCCUGAGAUCCAGAACAACGAACGCAACCGUGAACCUGUGCGACAACACUCCCUAUCUCGGGCCGAUGACAAAAGGCAAAAAGACGUAGAGAAACACAAUGGCCAGAGAGAACGGGAGUACUACACCUUACAGAGCGAUGGGGAGAGGUACUCUCUGAAGAAAGACGGAGUCAGCUAUAUGCUUCAGAAGGAUGGAGAGAAGUACUUGCUGCGAAAAGACUUAGAGAAAUACUCGCUGCAGAACGAUGGAGAGGUGUACGACAUUCACAGGGAUCUGGAAAAGUAUACUGUUCAGAAAGUGGAAGAAAAGUACACAGUGGCGUCAACAGAAGAGAAAUACGCUCCAUCUAAAGAUGGAGAGAAGUAUUUGCUCACUAAAGACGGAGAAAAAUAUGCACUGCAGAAAUUUGGAGACCGGCACACACUCCAAAAAGAUGGACAGAAAUAUGUUCCUCAAAAGGAAGUCAAGAGACAGCUGUCGUUAAAGGAGACAGACAGGUACGGCACAAUGAGGGAAAUGGACAGUAAAUAUGGUACCAUACAAGUUGUGGACAAAUACGGCACUCUGAAGGAAGUGAAGAAAUACAGUACACUACGAGAAGGGGAUAAAUAUGCUACUCUCAGAGACACAGAGAAGUAUGCUACAGUCCGUGACGGUGAUAAAUAUGGCUUCCAGAGAGAGAGCGCAGAGAGGUCUCUGACUAAAAUAAGCAGCAUCAAGCUGCAGCCGGCUCAGGCCGCCGCCAUCGCAGCUGCAGUGUCUGCAUCUCGCCAGGGCCAGGCUAACCUCAACGUCCUAAAGCUUGCACAGGUAAACGGCUCGGGGUCCGGGGCAGGGGAGCGAACUGGGGACUGCAGCCUGGCAGAGGGGGAUGGCAGCUUAGCCAGGGGUCCAGUAAAGUCCCCUGCCCCAGUGAAGGAGCCAGAGAGAGGCUUGUCCAGGACCAACUCCAUGCAGCAGCUGGAGCACUGGGUCCGCACACACAGGUCAAGAGGACUAGAUGAUGACACUAGGAGCAUUACAUCCUACCAGACCUUACCCAGAAACAUGCCAAGCCACCGUGCACAGAUUGUGCCCCGCUACCCAGAGGGCUAUCGCACGCUGCCCCGCAACAGCAUGAUGAGGCCCGACAGCAUCUGCAGCGUGGCGGAUUCUGUGUACGACCAUGCACUCCGUCCUGCCUCUACCACCACCGUAACCACAACGGAGAAGAGGAGGUCGAUGAGGGAUGACACCAUGUGGCAGCUGUAUGAGUGGCAGCAGAGGCAGGCCUUCUCCAGGCAAAGUCUGGCUCAGCCAACAGCUGUGGGUCAUUAUGGCACCCUGCCCAGCACAAAGACUAUGGGCAACAUCUCUGAACACGCUGUGGCGCACUCCAUCCCCACCUCUCCAUCUCACGGCUCCUUGGCUCUCUACAGCACCUUCUCCCCUCCCCGCCAGCCAGUCGGUCACAACUCAAGCAACUCCCACUCCGAAGUGUCCUCACCGGUGUUCAGGGGGGACGUGACGCUGGACCGCCGGCACAGGACACACCUCGCCAAGUAUGGCUACCCAACUGACCGACGAUCAAUUGCAGCUGGCGUCCCUCCUCAGACCAUCACCCCACAGUCCCUACAAGGCAAGACGCCCGAGGAGCUGACCUUACUCCUAAUCAAGCUCCGCCGGCAGCAGGCGGAGCUCAACAGCCUGCGGGAGAACACAGUAGCUCAGCUAAUGGCCCUGGGUAUGGAGGGGCCCAACGCCAAGACUGAUGUUCUUUCGCAUCACCUCCAGAGGAACCUUAUAUACCUGGACAGCCAGACGAAGGAGAAUGAGCCUUUGAUCUUCAUGAUUCACACUAUGAUCGAGAACUCGGCACCGAGGCCACAACUCUACCAGCAACAGAUCAGCCCAGACGACUAUAAAGAUGGCUCCUUCAUUCAGCACACAGAGGAGGCUGACACAGACACCAAGCUGAGCAGACUGUGUGAGCAGGACAAGGCGGUGAGGAUGCAGGAGGAGAAACUGCAGCAGUUACACAGAGAGAAGCACACUCUGGAGACGGCCCUGCUGUCAGCCAGUCAGGAACUGAGUGAACAGAGCUGCUCCAAUGCUGCAGCCACACAGAGCCUGGUCCAGCAGAGAGAUGUGCUGCAGAAUGGCCUGCUCAGCACCUGCAGAGAGCUGUCCAGAGUCAACACUGAAUUAGAGCGCUCCUGGAGGGAGUACGACAGGCUGGAGGCAGAUGUCACUCUGGCCAAGUCCAACUUACUGGAGCAGCUGGAGGCCCUGGGCAGCCCACAGACAGAGCCUCCAAGCCAGCAGCACAUCCAGAUCCAGAAGGAGCUAUGGAGGAUCCAGGACGUAAUGGAGGCUCUGGCCAAAAAUAAACCACAGCGGGGCACAGACAACAAUUUUCCUGGUUCCAAACCUCUCUCCAGUCUCCAGAAGAAUGAACAAGCGCCAGACUAUCGACUGUAUAAGAGUGAGCCUGAGCUGACCACAGUGAAGGAAGAAGUGGACGAGGCCAAUGGUGAGGAUAAGGACAAGACAGAGACUUCUGCUGAGAGUAAAGACACUGCAGCCCCAAAAGUGCCCCCCUACCCGGUGGGCAUUGUCCCUCCGAGGACCAAAUCUCCAAUGAGCCCUCCUGAGUCCUCCACCAUCGCCUCCUACGUCACCUUGAGGAAGACCAAGAAGCCUGAAUCCAGAUCAGACCGUCCCAGGAGUGCAGUGGAUCAGACGGGUUUUGGGGAGCGAGAGGUGGGCAGAACGAGGAUGAGUGUGGAGGAACAGCUGGAGAGGAUGAGGAGAAACCAGGAGGCCUCAUCGCUCCGAGAGAAGAAGAGGGAAACCCCAUCCCGCUCACCCUCCUUCUGCAAAGACAACCCUUUUGUUAUCAUGCAGACCCGUGCCCAGGCGGAGGGGGCCUGUGCAGACCCUGUGGAGCUGGAGGCAGCUCUGCAGCAGCUGAAGGUGGCUCACAUGGAGCAGAGCAGAACAGCUGCUAAGGCUGCUGGGACUCACACAGAGAGAGCACUGACUGCACCACAAGUUCAUGGGGGGGUGCAGAGAGGAGAGGAGGUGAAAAAUGACAAGUGUGAGGAAAUACAGCAGGGCUGGGGUGUGACCCUGCAGAGUGUGAAGGAGCUGCAGGCUGAGACCAACAGCAUAGACAAUGAGCUGUGUGAAAGUCAGAGGGUGGUGAUUCUGGACCUGGGCACAGAGCCUCAGCGUGUGGAGAUAGUAAACCUUGAGCCCUUUGAGGAUGACGAAAGCAGAGAGCAAGAUCUGACUAGCUCACCUACAAACACCACCACUGAAAACAGCUUCCAGACUCCCGAGCCUGAGACGCCCAGCCCAGAGCCCAAGGAGGAGGAGGGAGACAUAACGCAAGAAACCACCAGAGAGGAGAAGCUGGAGAGGAGCCUGGAUUCUUACAACCAGCUUACAGCAGAUGACAAGAAACACAACAACAACAACAUGUUGGCUUCGCAAACGUUCACCUUGGUGAGCAGUGACACGUGAGCGACGCCGACCUUGAUAUCCACACUGGCGUUCUGUAGAGCCCAAAUGUAGCCAGCCUGCACAGAGCAUGCUCCACGGCUUCUUGCGUUUACAACAGAACUACUUUGAUACUACUGUUACAUGCCCACAAGGAGACUGAGACUGAGAGGAUGACAGCCCUGCUAACAGACUGAACAACACAAAAGACGGGCUGGCUUCACAUCCAGACAGAGAGAAAGGCAGAUGUACUGUAUCUUUAGCACCUAUUAGAUCUGUCCAUACUGAUAUGUCCUGAAGCUAAACAUUAAUUCCAUGUUGUCAUAUUUGUCCCAAAACAUUUAUGCCUAAAUAUAAGAUUGUGAAAUGGUUUAGUUAUACAAAAAAAAAAGGUUACAUAUGUUUUCUGCUUAAGCUGAAAUAUGUCUGAGUACGGCCAGAUAUGUUCUGCAUGCCUGUAUAAAAGAUGAAUCAGUCUGAUGUUAAAAUUACAACAGACAACAUACAAUCUUUUUGUUCUAAAUGACUCGCCAUCUAUGCAGGAAAGGCAACCAUACAAUGUCAAUUAUUGAAAAAGAGGUUGUAGACCAAGGAAGAAGUGAUUAACUCUAGUGUCAGUAAUAGCUGAAUAAGGAGUGUCCACUGUACAGGAUUAGAGAUACAUCUGAUUCAGCCAUCUGUACUGGGUAGGUUUUACUGAGCACCGGUGCUGUGUGACAAUGAACAUCCCUCUCUGCACGGGUUCACACCUGGAGGCAUGUGUACCCAGUACCGUCACAGUCUGAUCGGUUUGCUGCUGGAGCUAAUGAUUUUGUUCUGUGGCUCAAGGGCCCCUCAGCAGUAGUAAUGAGGGUAAGCCUAGUCUCCUCUUUGAGUCUUGGUUCCAAUGCUGUUCCAAUGUGUCAAUCUGUUCUCUUUCCCUCUGAUUUUACAAGUUGGAUUUAACUUCUGAAUAACUUCUUUAAGUGCUUCUUUUCCCAGCUUGGAGAAAAAAUUCAGAAGACUCCACCUGUUGUCUGCCUUGGAGAAAGCGUUGUUUCUCUUCCUAAAUCUCCCCCAUUUGAGUAAUACUUAAACAUCAACUCAUAAUACAAAUUCACUCACUACUGUCAGUUACUGGUAUAAGUAAUGGGCCUAGUAGCAAAAGUAGCAAAAUAAAACAAAGGGACUGACAGACAUGUUUCACAAUAUUAUCUUCAUUUGUCUUAAUUUUGAGGUUUUACUCCAUAGUAUCAGCAGGAAGUCAGGCACAUUCUCAGUGGGUGCUGGCCUCCACCAGGGCAACCCCACAGUUUCUUUUUUAAUUUUUAUGGACAGAAUCCCCAUAAGAACCCAGGGUUGAAGAGUGUUGAGUAUGGAAGCCUCGGGAUUGCAUAUCUGCUCUUUGGGGAUCAUGUAGUUCUGUUGGCUUUAUCAGACCGUGACCUACAAUGCCCACUGGGACAGUUUACAGCUGAGAGUGAAGCAGCUGAGAGACUCCAAGUCUGAGAGCAUGGUACACUGCUGGAAGAUAGAGUGAGUUGGUAUUGGACGCUGGGUUUGGGAAUGAGUUGUUGCCCAAGUGAAUGAAUUAAAGUAUCUGGGGGUGUCCGUGCAUGAUGGGCACAAUGGAAAUCAAGACUGAUUGGUGGAUGGUGCUGGACUGUUGAGGUGAAGCUUUCGAUUUACAAGAUUGAGGACGCUAGCAGAUGAAAUGACUUUCAUUGACAGGUUGGCCGGGCUCAUCCUUAGCUCAGACAUCAACAGGAAGCCCGGAGUAAAUCUAAUGCUACUUCCUAUCAAAAGCAACCAGAUGAGGUGGUUUAGGCAUCUGACAAGGAUGCAUCCUGGACACCUCUCCUUAGUGGUUUUCCAGGCAUGUCCAACUCGAAGCUGGUCAUUAGGUAGAGGUAUACACAAGGGAACAGCUCAUCACUGCAACACUUUGACUAAAACGGCUACAUUUGGUCAGGAACAGGACACUUUUUCCAUUUCGAUGGGCUGCAGCCUUAUACAAGCCACUUGAAAAUGUACAGUAGUUAGAGUGCAUUAUUACUUUCUGUUUUGCUGAUUGAUAUUUGUCACUGCAUUCUAGUUGGCAAUCGUUAGAGAGUAUUACCUGUGCAGUGGCCAGCUAGUCCAGGUGCAGAGUGCAAUAUAAACUCAAAUUACCAUGUUUUUAAUUUUUUUAUUUUUGGCCAUUCAUCCAGUAAGGAUGAAUAACAUGUUUAAAAAAAUGAAUAUGCAAUCCUGUUCUGUUGGCUGUCAGUCUUUCACAUCCUUGGGUCAGCUAGUCCAUUGCCUUAUGUUACCACUGACUCUAAUUGGGUGUCAAUUUUCUUUUUUUCUGUCUUUCUUUCAUUUUUUAUUAAGAGUUAGAGCUACAGUAUAAAUAUAAAUAAUUAAACCAUUUCACAAUCUUGACUGUAUGACUUGAUUUGGGGAUAAUCUAGCUCCAUAGAAACACGUUGCCAAAUACAUACACACAUGUCAAUAUACAGAACUUCAGAUACCUUACUAAGUAUUAAAGUCAUCUUAACAUAAUAAUUAUUAGAAUUAGAAUAUUCUACUGAUCUGGAGGAGGGGAUGUUAGCUGUUACUGAGUUGCUGGAGGUGAGUGUACAGCUGUAUAUAGGAGCACUUGAGAAGUCUGCACGCAGAUGGGCUGAGCACCAAAACUCGACACACAUGCAGUGCUUUACUUUAACUCCAAAGUGACCGCUGAUGGUCUUGGAUUUUAACCUACUCUAAUUUUAAUACUUUGUGUUGAUUUGAGACCAGAGGCUCCCUUAUCGCUCUAUUUUCACAUCUUUUGCACCUGCAACAUAACAGAUUGUCCUUCAUUGGAAAUACAUAUAUAAAUAUAUAAAAAGUAUAUAAAUAAACUUAAAGCAGGUUUUUACUUCAACAAGGUGCCACUUCAUGCUGCUGUUUUUCUGUUUUUUUUUUGGUUUUUUUGGACAGAACUAAGUAUCUUGCAGAAGUUGUGAUUAUUUAUGUCGAGCGAACAGUCUGAAUCUCCUGAAGGCUGUUGGAUGACACACACAGUAUGUGAAUGUUCUGGAUUUCCAGUCUGCUUUUUUUAGUUGUCUUUUUUCGUUUUUCUCUCUUUGGUUUACAUUACUAGAAGCUAUACAGUAAAGAGGCUGAGGACACGAUACAGAUUAGACAUUUUGGAUUUGAAUCUGUUUUAGGUGGUGAAGAUUCGGAGAAUAGCACAUGUACAAAGCAAUAAGUAGGACUUUGGCGCUCCAGGACAUAAAAGAAAUUUAAAAAAGAUGUAUAAACUGUAAAACAAAAAAAUAAAACAAGAAAGCAUAAUUUAUGUACACCCUGAAAAGAAGAUGAGCGAAUAUUAUAACUAUAAGAGGUUAUUAUUAAUAUCGAUAGGGUCAAUAUGCAAAAAGUUCAUACCCAUCUGUUUUAUAUCAUGUGAAAUAAAUGUUGAUGUUCUUAAAA